CCAUCAAUUCAUGCCUGUCAAAUUCAUAUCAAUAAUCCGUACGAACGUGCAUCGAUGAAUCUCUAGCCCAUAUAGAGCGAAUUAGCGCCUUAGGGACAACAUCUUUUUUCACGAUGUCUACCCUGUUGUCGCUCUCCAAGGAGGGUAGCUCGGGCGACCAUGAGGGUCUGACUUUAAAAGAGACCCGUAUCACACCCAUCAGGCGAAGUGGUCGUCGAAAGUUGUUCGUAAUCACUGGCAUAGCUGGCGCCAUUGUGGUCGUGCUCGCUUUGGCUCUUGGUUUAGGGCUCGGAUUGGGACUGAAGAAGACGUCGAAUAUGAGCUACGUCACGACAAACUCUUCAUUUCUCCUGGAUCAGAAUUUUGUUGUCACGAAUACAACGACAACCAGAUACUACGAAUUCGUCAUAUCUGAAGCAACAGGUUCACCCGAUGGUUUCGAGAGAACUAUGUUAGUGGUGAACAACCAAUUCCCUGGCCCUCUUGUUGAGGUGAAUAGCGGUGAUGAGCUUGUGGUUAACGUUUUCAAUCAAUUACCCAACGGCACCACUAUUCAUUGGCAUGGUCAACUUCAAAACGGAACCAACUACAUGGAUGGCACCAACGGUAUUACUCAGUGCCCUAUUCCUCCGGGAAUGAAUUUCACCUAUCGUUUCACCAUUAAUCCGAGCCAGUACGGCACGUUCUGGUAUCAUGCUCAUGCGUCUACACAGUACACAGACGGCAUUUACGGACCGCUUGUAAUUCACUCUCCCAGUGAGCCUAUUUUUGGCCAAUAUGAUCGCGACGUGCUUGUCAUACUUUCGGAUUGGUAUGAUGUAAUGUCUUCCGGAUUGCUCACUCAGUACUUGAGCUCCGCUGGGAUUGAUGGCUCUAACUAUGGUGGAGUCAAUCCUGGAGCAGAACCUCCUCCGGACAGCGGUCUUAUCAACGGCAAGAUGAACGGUUCCUCAUUUGAUCUUGAACCAAAUUUGAGCUAUCGGCUCCGUAUCAUCAAUAUGGGCACGCUGACAGAGUUCAUGUUUAGCGUAGAUUCGCACGUGCUGAGCGUUGUUGAAGCAGAUGGGAUAUCUAUUGAACCUGUGAACGUGCACCGCGUCCCUAUACACGUCGCACAGCGCUACUCUGUUAUCCUGACGACAAAUCAAACGGCAGGAUCGUACAAUGUACGUGGAGAGAUGCAGAGUUCUUGCUACAAACUCAGCAAUCCCAACCUCAACACGAUGGUGCUGGCUACGAUGACAUACGGUGCCUCGCCAACGACACCGAACACCCAGGAUUGGUCGGACGCAAUCCCCGCCCUUUGUCUCGACCUCAACAGCACAAUGAUCGUACCCCAAAUUGCCAUGGACCCACCCAACAGCACAGAUGUUGUUCAAAUCUUCAUGUCUUUUCAGCAAACAACUCAAUCUGGCGGGACGCAAACACUGGCAUUCAUGAACAGCACGAGUUGGCUGUCUGAUACUACAAAUCCUACCUUGCUGCAGAUGUCAAAGGCCGGGAUUCAGACUACCUUCGACUCAAACCAACUCGUCGUCGUCAACGAUAAUAUCACUGUCUUUGACUUAAUCCUGAACAACUACGAUGAUGCUAGCCACCCAUUCCAUCUUCAUGGGCACGUAUUUUGGAUUCUCGGUGAAGGUGAUGGCAGCUACACAUCUGGGGUGUCACAACUCAAUACAACCAACCCGCCGAGACGCGACACAUUGACUCUUCCCGGCUACGGCUGGGUCGCCAUCCGCUUCAUCACUGACAACCCAGGGCUCUGGGCGUUCCACUGUCACAUUGGCUGGCACAUGGCUGCAGGGCUGCUGAUGCAGUUUGCGGAUCUGCCGAGCCAAAUCCAGCAGUUACAGAUACCAUCUUAUUUGAGUGACCAAUGCGCACAGCAGGGUGGGGGUGUGGUGGCCAACUAGUCUUUAGGCAUACUCAUAUCUUCUUGCAAGUCAUGCGCACUGGAUAAUUAUUAUGUAGAGAGUGGAUGUACGUCGAACGGUUGAACGU